CAGAUCCACGACUCUCACUUCUUUAGUUCCUCAUGACCACCAACCACAGCCUCAUGGAAUCGUGCCAACGUUGCUCAAACAAUUAACACGGCACCUCCCAACGCAACAGAAUGGAUAGCUCUCAAGCGCCGCUGAUUGCGGGCCACAGCGACGAAGAAGAGCUUGAAUAUGAUGUUGCUCAAGGGUCUCCCGCCGAAGCCGGCAAGACAGAGGGUGGAAUGCCCAGCUUGUUUGUCCUAGCCUUGACGUUUGCUGCUGGCAUCAGCGGCCUCCUUUUCGGGUGUAAGACUCUACUGAAUGGUGCUUUGGCCUCAAAAUCGCGCUGACAACAAUCAGACGACACAGGUGUUGUUUCCGCAACCCUUGUCUCAAUAGGCACGUCCCUCUCGAGCCGCGAAUUGACCUCGAUGGACAAAUCGAUCAUUACAUCCUCCACGUCGCUAUUCGCACUUAUAAUCUCGCCCUUCUCAUCCGUCCUCGCCGACCGACUCGGACGUAAACAUGUUAUCCUCUACGCCGACAUCCUCUUUAUAGCUGGAGCACUUCUGCAAGCAUGGUCUUCUACGGUCCCAAUCAUGGUCGCUGGGCGGUGUAUCAUCGGUGCGGGAGUUGGCGCAGCCAGUUUCGUAGUGCCGCUCUACAUAGCUGAGGUGGCACCCGCUGCGCAUCGUGGACGAUUGGUAACGCUGAACAUCAUGUUCAUUACGUUGGGCCAGGUUAUCGCAUACAUCGUCGGUUGGGCCUUUUCGACCUACGGUCACGCGGAGACAGGAUGGCGGUGGAUGGUCGGUCUAGGUGCCCUGCCUGCCAUUGUCCAGGGGAGCAUGAUUGCUUUCAUGCCUGAGACACCUCGAUGGUUGGUCAAGGUCGGCAGGUCUGGGACAGCAAAGGAGGUUAUUCGACGAGCCAAUGGCGACACAUUGCAGCACAAUGCGGAUGUCAUUAUUAAAGAGAUCGAGCUGGAAGUGCGGGACGAGUACGAGGCACAACGCUUGCGCGAUCUCCGAGCAUCUGGCCGUUGGAAUUGGCUCGGCGGAUGGGAGCUUUUGAUCAGUGAAGGGAGAAACCGAAGAGCUUUGGCUAUUGCUUGUCUGCUUCAGGGUCUACAGCAACUCUGCGGUUUCAAUUCACUCAUGUACUUCUCCGCAACUAUCUUCACAGUCAUUGGGUUUCAAAGCCCAACGCUUACCUCUAUGGUAGUCGCCGUUACAAACUUCCUCGGCACAGUUGCUGCGCUCGGACUUGUUGAUCGCAUAGGCCGAAGGAGAGUGCUCCUGUAUUCGAUCCCAUUCAUGAUCGCUGGCUUGCUGCUGUCUGCGUAUGGCUUCUCGUUCCUGUCAUUGGCAGCAGGAGUCAACACUACGCCAGAUGAGCCACCCGCCACAUCAGGACACGAGAUGGCUGCUCUUACCAUCCUCGUGAGUAUCAUGGUCUAUGUGGCAGCGUAUGCGCUCGGUCUUGGAAACGUGCCAUGGAUGCAAAGCGAGCUGUUCCCUCUGGCUGUUCGCUCGCUUGGCAGUGGAGUUGCAACAUCGACAAGCUGGGCAGCCAACUUUGUCAUUGGGUUGACCUUCCUACCAUUGAUGGAUCUGCUGAGCCCAUCUUGGACAUUUGUGUUAUAUGCUUGUAUCUGUGGUGUUGGAUACUUUUUGGUCUGGCGCAUUUAUCCUGAGACGGCGGGGUUGAGUCUCGAAGAAGCGACAGCUUUGCUCGACGAUGGUUGGGGCGUUCGAUGAUAUAUCCUGAAAUAGAACAUAAAUAUUAUGACGUUAGAAGUUUCUGUUA